AUGGAUGCCAAAGAAAUAUAUGGCAACAGUACACCUCAGAAAGAAGAAGAGAUAAGCAUAAGAAAAGGUCCAUGGUCGAGCGACGAAGACUCAAAACUCAUAAACUAUAUAGCUAUCCAUGGCGAAGGAGGAUGGAACGCCCUCUCCCAUAAUGCAGGGUUGAGGCGAACAGGUAAGAGCUGCAGAUUAAGAUGGUUGAACUACUUGAAUCCAAAUGUUCGACGAGGAAACAUUACUCCAGAAGAACAACUUCACAUGAUAGAGCUACACUUGAAAUAUGGAAAUCGGUGGACACAGAUUGCGAAAAGGUUGCCAGGAAGAACGGAUAAUGAAAUAAAGAACUACUGGAGAACAAUUAUCAAAAAGCAAGCAAAGCAGCUGAAGUGCGAUGUGAAUAGUACACAAUUUCUUGACAUCAUGCGCUGCACAUGGCUUCCAAGCAUUAUGGAGGAACAAAUGCAUCCCACUUCCGAAGUUAAUUCAGGAUCCCACUCAAAUAAUACUGAUUUUGAUCACAACAAUUGCCAGAGGCAGAAAUUAAUGACAGAUUCUGAAAUCCUUCAAACUGGUGCCAUGGCGGUGGAUAUGAAUUGCGAAGCGAACAUGUCCGAUGUUUCAGGACUAGAUAAUGUCGAAGAUAACUGGAAUGGCGAUCCUUUAUCUGUGCAGAAUUUUGGCCCUGAAGUGGGGUAUUACCCUUUCAGCUAUGGGUUCGACGGAAAUGAAAUUCAGGCUCUUUCCAUGAAUCGAGACGACAGGUUAAGUUCCGAGGAUUCAUUUACAGUGUCCUUAAAUGAUGAAGACUUCUGGCUUUCCACAUCAACGGGUUUCAAUCAGUUUUGA